AUUUGCUUGUAAAAUUUUCAGGACAGAAUGAUCUUGGCGUAGUUGUGCGAAGACCUAUUUUUGUGCAUCUCCGUUGUACCUUACCGUACUUGUGGUGAUGGUAUACGACUCUAACCAAUCAUAACUUGCAGAAGUCACAUCUUCAACGCAGCAGUCCAUUCCAAUCGAUACAAGGAGCUACAAUCUGGUGUGAUUUGAUCUCGAUUCUCGCAGAGUCCAGUUUCGGAGCUAUAUUGGAUCCAAAAUUGGAGUUUAAGAGUUUCUCAGAUUUGAACGGCUGGUUGUCACGAGCCAUCAUUUGGUGUGUCGUUUUAAUCGCGUGCAUUUGUAGUCGAGACAGCAUUACCAAAUUUAAACUAUUUUAACUGAACAAUAAAUACCACACAACAAUGGACUUCUUUACUCUCUACGCAUUCAAGAUGAAACGAAAAUCCGAAAGAGAAUUUGGAUUCUUCAUGACGACUUCUGAACAGACCAAGCAGACACUAUGCAGCUUCUAGGAGUGGGACCCUUCACAGGCUCUGUUGAUCUCAAGACUCCCCUUCCCCGAAUUUUCUACCCUGCUCAUCACGUUCCCCGACUUCUCCCGGUUCAUUCUGACUUUGGAAUCCCUGGGUUUCUACCUUUGAAGCCGAAGUUUGAGAUCAGUGAACCUUCUGAGUGGAACCCUCUUGGACAGUUUGCUAUAAUUCUAUCUUUCUUUUUGCUAGUGGAAGUUUGUCAAGAAGUCGACCAGAGGAUCUUGGGGGUCUCUUGCUUUCCAAAGGGACAACCGAAUCGGCCAUUUUCUAUUCUCUUCACUUGAACUGAGACCAUUCAUUAUUUCUUAAAUACUCUCAAACAACACUGUGAAACCAAGGAUAACAACGAGCGCACUACUUUAUUAUCAUGACUUCAAACUCAACUCGCAAAGUGGUGUCGUCGCAUCACUACACGCAUUAUUCUUUGUCCGGAACCCUACCCAACAGAUCCUCACGGAUCCCACCCGGAGUGCGACCGUGGCUCUCGCGACGUCUCGAAGAGCUAUGGGGCAUCGAUGGGCAAGUUUACUCGCACUACAUUCUAAGUGUUCUUCUUGACGGAGUUGAUAAUGAGUUCUUGGUUGAAAACUCGACUGAAGAAGAACCGAGACAGAAAACCAGAAGUGGGAGAAAGAGAGGCCAGCGACGUUCGGCAGCUAAUAGUUCGUCGCUCGACUCCGAUGACACGACGAGUGACGAGAGUGGCCGAGAGUGUUCUGUUGACUCGUUCGAAAACCGAAAGAGAGCCGUGGUGACUUACUUGAGGAAACAUGCCAACGAGGACAACGAAGUGAACUCAUUGGUGGAGGAACUGAUCAGACAACUUGGACACGAGAAAGAAAGUAAAGAUUCGCCACGGAGAGUCGCCACGAGGACGUCAUCGACGACCGAGGAAGACAUUGGAAACAGUGACUACCCUUUGUUAGGAAAUGAGAGGCGUCCACAGGGAUUGAACCGAUACUUUAACAGAUGUGCGUCGUUGAACAGCUGCAAAGACCUAAAGGGGGAUCGGAGAACAUACCAUCACAGCUUUUUUCAAGUAAAAAUGGGAAGGAACAAAUUCAGAAGAGCAGAUACGGGACCGAAGACCAUGUCACAAGAGGUCCCUCAUAAUCGCAGGGGUCGCGCGAGGAUUGCAUCACUCGACGGUUGUAGGUCUCUCUAUUUGCCCAAGUUGAUUUUGAGAAAGGAACGUACCAGCAGCACAGGUGGGGAUAGAAAGAACGAAGAUUGUUGCGUGAAUCGCAGUCGAGUCAGCGGACCUCGGGAGUCGUCGAGGAAACGAUUCAGUUCAGAAGAAAGUGGCGGUCAUUCUGACUGCCCGGACAGUUCCUGCUCUGGAAUGAAAAGAUCGUCUUCGCAUUUAAUUGAUGUUUCUUCGGAUUACGACGAGGAAGAUUUUUUCAACGGUUUCUUGUUGGAUUCUUAUGACGAAAUUGAUGAAACUUACAACGAAGCGUUUCCUUCCUUGAUUGAAACUCACAAUGGACAUCUCAUUGCAGUAACGACCAGUAUGUAUCCUAUUAAUGUCAAGCGGGAAUCUGCAGAAGAAUCAAAAGCACGAACGGAGAAAUUUGAAGCGGCUGUCGGGGCAUCGCGAGCAUCACUUCCACCGAACCCAGUGAGCAAAGGGCAGCCUAUCUGGAGUUCGAAGGUCAAAGCUCCGAUUGGAAGACCAAUGAACAGAAAGUACGCCGAUGCAGAGAUAAGUAACUCAAUCAUUGAAGGUGCAAACAUGUUGUUGGCUAUCGACGAAGUUGUGAAGAGAUCUCAAUUAAGUGAUUUUAACGACAGAAAGUUUGACCCGGGCGCGGACUCAUUCUGCUCCUACCAGUCAUUGCUUGGCGACCGUGAUUUUGACAGUAUAUUGAAUAUGAUUGGUCUCACUCCCGAAAAGUUUCCAGGCGUCCGGGAAAAAGAAAACCCUUUCAAUUUUGACGUCUCGGAUUCCUUGCAAUCCUUUUCCAAAUGUGCAAAAGAUUUGUUCAAGGAGAAAACUGCAGGUAUUGAAAAUGACAAAGUCUCGGAUGUUGAACUGAAACAGGGACUGCUGUCACCAGAUUUGUCAAAGAUUUGGGAGAGAGAGGGUCUCGAGCGGAAAAGUUCUAAUGAUUUGGGAGAAGUAGGAUCUAGUUUGAAUUCAAACAGUGAACCGACAUGCGACUCCGAUGAGAACUUACAGGCUCGAAAGCUGUCCUCGGGAACUAUUAAUGCUGAUCCAAUAUGGAUGCCUACUGAAGCUGAUCUCGGAACUUCACUGACAAACACUAGUUCGACGGAUUUUAGGUCCAAAAAUGAGAACUCGCUCUUGGCAAAUGUCGAUAUUCCUGUGCCUGAAACUACACAUCACGAAGUAUGUUUUGACCUUUUAGCGGGGUUUCCGGGAAUCAUGCUAGGUUCAGAAAAUGAAAACGAAGACCAGUCUUCUGUUGCUAAGUCUGAAAAUUCUAAAUGCCAAUGUCGGAACAAAAUCAGCUCCUCAUUUUGUAACUGUGAUAACCCUGAUAUUAAGUACCCGGAUAUCUACUUCUCAACUUACGACCCCCAACUCUUUGACUUACUGGGCUUUUACAUGUUGAGAGAGAAUAUUGGGAUGCCAAAUGGUGGACCAAAUGAUCUUUUUUCAUUGGGAAACUUCUACAGAAAGCGCGACAUUUACUUUGAUGACUACUUUGCAGAAGCGGCUCCAGUCACUUUUGAGCCAAGACAGAUGUCAAGUACGGAUUGUGCGCUACCUCCAGUGCUUACGGAGCACUUUCUGAUGGAAAUCAUGAGGUACAACGAAGGCAUCAGCCCUUCAACUCCAGUGGGAUCUGAGUUUGAUACCGGGAGUCUCUUCGAUGACAAGUCCUCAGAAAUCACGACAUUGCAACAACGGGCGAACAGUUUAAUAGCUAAACAUCAACGAAUGUACCAGGAGACUGCUAAUGUUCCGGUGCGUGUAGAUGCUGCGAUGCAAACAGACUUGAUUGAGUCACCGACGGCCGCAGCAGAUGAGGGCAAUGACGCCAACUCGGCGUCUCCGGUAGAUAACGAUCAAGAACUUGCAGACAACGUAAUGAUCGAGCGAGUAAAAGACGACGACUUCGCGAAUUAUAUUGAACAACAAGCGGAACAAAAUGCUCUAGCUGCUGAGGGUGAAGAGUAUGUCUUCGAUCCCAAACUGACUCCAUGGUCGGUUGGAAGUUCUUCUUUUGCUACUGAAACUCAAGAUGCGAUUGCGAUGACUACUCAUACCAAUACAACAACUGCCAGUUCAGCUAGUGACACGAUAGCCGCUAAUUUUAAACCGAUAAACGACGAUCACUUCCAUACCUUCAAGUGUCCGGCUGGUUGUGAUCCAAAUGCGGCAGCAUCAACAUCAAAGCAUCAUCAGGUUCACGAAGAAGACCUGUUGAUUUCGCCGAAAACUCAUUUCAGACCAAUAAGUGUGCAGAGCGGCGACGACGAAGAUGAAGCAAAUGAUCAAUUUGAAGAGCAAUUGACAAUUGAGCAGACAUUUGACGUUUUUCCAUUGCCGAACAUUGUUGAGGGUCCCGUAGAGAUCAAGGAUUCAAAGCUGUUUACAAGUUGGUGCAAAGGAAUCACGCAGCCAGACAUCGUAUUUCCGGAUCAGACAGUGCCCGAAACUGCUGAAGCUUCUGGCAGGAACAGUGAGCUGUUGCGAAGUAUCUGGGGGCGUCCUGACAUUCCAGGUGUGCCCUCAGAACAAUCGGCAGAUCUUGCAAGUGAAAAUACAAGUGUCGGCAACUCGUUGUGGUGUCCGAACGUCGAUAAAAAUGCUUCGACUUCUGACUGGAUAGAAUCUUCAGCGAAUCAUUUUGAAGCAAAGAGUUCGGCUUUUGAUUGCCAGCAAAAGUCAACAAUGGAAGAUUCUUUGGACAUCAACGCUUACCUGAAUAUGAAUCUAAAUAAUGGGGCUUAUGACGCAAAUGGUGUUGAAGAAUUGGAAUUUGUUUUCGACCACGAAAUGAACGAGCAAAAUGCGUAUUCAAUUUUGAAUCAUCAACAUCCUCCGUCAUCUCAAAAUUCGAUUUUCCCGACUGAAGUGCCAGUCGGAUUUAUUCCGAUGGAAACUUUAGAAGACGUGGACUGUAAAUGCAUGGCCAACUUACCGGGUGAACUAGGCAUCGAUCCCAACUGUCAGCUACAUGGAGCGGGGGCUGCUAUCUACAUAACCACCGGUGACGCCCAUUCUAUGUCAAGCGGCGGCGACUGGAGCAUCGGGUCGAGCAGUAGCUUCAGGGCACUACCCGCUACUACCGCUUUUAACCCGAACAUGAUUGUCGGCUACCAAGGAGGAAAUUUCGCCAACUUCAGUGGCUCAUUAGGCAGCAAUGGAAAGAAGUCUCAAAUGAAAUCCAACAUGGCAGCUAACAUCUUACAGCUGAAUCAGAGCUUUGUGUCACAGCGACAGAAAAAACGAAGUCGCAGUUCUAAAAGUGAGAAGGAUAGCAAGUGUGCGAACAAACCUUGCAGCUAUUUCUUGGAGGGCGGCUGUCAUAGAUCCGACUGCAAGUUCUCACAUGAUUUGGGCAAGAUUCCCUGUCGAUUCUUCGCGGAGGGUGGCUGUUUUAAAAACAUAUUUUGUCCGUUUAAACACGCACUUCCCAAUUCAAUUGUAGAUACGGCAGGUGAAUUAACGGGAUCGUCUAAGAAUUCAACUGAGACUUAUGAAUGUGAAGUGGCCGCUGGUAAACUCGGUGGAGGGUCCUCGGAUUCAGCAGAGAUCUGCAGCGCCAAAGAAACCUCGGAAAGCGACAAUGGGUUGCAGCCUGUAGAAUUAAUUGCAUCAUUAGAUAAAGUGGCGAAAACGAAGAACUCGAAGCGGCGAAGAUGUAAAACGAAGAAUAAGAAGAAUGUGCCGAACUUGAAGGACAGCGGCGAGUUUCCGAUUCUACCGAAUGAACAGGAAGGAACCAAAGAGGAGUGUGAACAACUAGCAGAUGCUGCCCAACUCAGACUCAAUUCGAUCUACGCUACUGAUGGUUUUCACAACUUCAAUGAUGUCGCCGUCAUGUAGAUCUUAUCUAAACGUUUGAUGACUCAAUUGGAAAGAGAAGACUGUCAAACUCAGAAAAUUCUCCAGCAGAUAACAUCACUUAUGAGCAAAAGCACGGAAUUCGAUUUGUACAUAGUUUUACCACUCAUUCAACCAACCAAACAGAAGAACCUCACUUCGUUGAAAAGAGAAGCUGUCGAUCUCUCUUUUUGCGUCAUCUGCAGCAAAUUGAUUGUAUUAUACCGAUUAAUUGCAAAUGAACAAUUUAUCAAUUCACACUUUUUCAAGUGUUGCACAUCAUAAAUUUGUUUUCUCAUACUAGUACCAUGCCCCCAACCCGUAUAAAAAAUAAAAUAUUACUUCUGAAUAGCCGAAUCGAACCCGCGAUUUGAAAACCUAAAAAUUAUGCCAAAAUUCUACUUGUUAAACUGGGUUUUCUUUCAAGCGAAUGGAUUAAAUUGAGCCCUGUUGCUGUCUGCUGUUUUCACUGGACUUGAAUUUCAAUUUGAUGUCAUUAUCAAUAAUCGAUUUAACUAAUUUCAUCAUUUUUUCAGUACCUUUGCUUGCCAUUGUUUUUUAAUCACUAAAUUCACAAACCCCUACCCACUUCAACGCCCCGGUUAAAUUACAAUUUUUGACAUAACUUUCCCAACCCAAAGUCAUUUCCCAAUUUGUUUAUACUGUACUCACUCAUUUGGCAUUUGGCUCUUUUUCUCUCCCCCCCCCCUCCCCCUCUCGAAUGAUCAGAAAUUUUAUGGCGUAACGAGUGGUUUUACAACGUUAAGUAUGAAAACCAAAUACGAGGAAAAAGAGUCACUCAUUUUGCCGUGCUAAAUUGAAAAUAAAAUUUAAGAAUUGAGCAGAACAUACAAUUUGUCUGUUAACCAGUACUGGAAUAACCCUCACCAUACAAAAACUGACCCCUCAUCUCGUGGUAGUCAACUUCAUUCACCGGAGUAACUGCUGUUAUACAUUGUGAACUCAACCAGUUUUUUCUUUUCGAGAUUUCAGUUUACAUUUUUGUUAACGUAUUAUCGAAAUGUCUGAGAAAAAAAUUAAAAUCAGCUUAAAUAAAAAAAAAAUGUAGUUAAUUGAUAGUCAGUGCAUUUUUUGGACAGCAUUGAAUUUUUAGUGUCUUCGUGCUAUUAUAUAUGAAGCAUUUAUGAGUGAAAAUUAUUUUCCUGUUACUGUACAGUUAGUAGUAUUAAAUCCAUCUUAAUUGAAAAAAGAUUGACAUAACUUCUAACAAAUACUAAUCAAAGUUCUUUAUCUGCAGCAAAAAAAAGUUCAAUCGAGAAGUAUUGACUGUGAUGAGUUGAUGUUCUUUUCCAUUAGAAAAUAUCUUUUCUGAGUUAGAGAGUGUUUUUUGAUAAAAGUGUGUUCUUUAUUCGCAUGACGUAAGUUAUACCAUCUUCUUGGUUGUGCUAUAGUGUGAUAAUUUCAGGGCUCAUUUAUUGGAUGCUCAUUUGUUGGACGUUAUUUUAAGUGUCUUUAAAUGUGUCAAUGACGGGUUCAAUUUAAUCCGUGGUAAGUAUUUCUCCAUUCAUUAAAUGUCUGAAUCUGAAUAAAUCACCGGUGAUGUUUUAUUAUUACUUGGGUUUCAUCUUCACGUUUCUUCUGGUUCAAUCGAAUCGAGUCUGCUGCUGCUGAUAACACUGAUAACUAAUACAAAACAUAACUAACGAAUACGAAUCCAUAACUUCUCAUGUAUGUGUUGCUACAUCAACAAGGAAUUCAACCAGUAAUUAUUAAUGAGCUUAAUUAAUUUGAUGAAGCGCGUGUUUGUUAAUUAGCCACUGCGCAUUAAUUCAAAUUGUUUGUAUUUUUGCUUUCUCGCCAUGGCGCUCUCUGUUGAAGAACUCUUGUACAGAUAAGGCCAUGAUACUAGUGUAUCCAUGAUUAGUGUAAGAUUUGCUGGAGUGGCCUUGUCUCAUUAUACAAGAGUGUUCAGUUGGCAGUCUAAGCGAGAAGCAGAUUUCAAACGUAUGGUGCAGAAGAUUAAUUUCGGUUUGCAGACCAUACCAAGAAUUGUCAUUUCUUUCCGAAAUACAAUUUUUCAUUUCAAA